AUGCCUAUGGUUGAACAACUCGCAAAGCUUCAUUACGACAGCGACAUGGCUACCGUCCCGAGUGUCAGCAAGUUUCUGUCCCUGACCCUCGGAGCUCUCCGAUACAUCGGCCUACAUCCAUAUACGGUGGAGGUUCCCGUCUUGCCGAUUUGGGUCCCAGAACACCUUGCGAUGGGUGAGCGACUGGUGACCGUUCUUGCCAGCUCCCUCAUCAGCCAGGGAGGGUUUAACAAUAUCCAGCCCGGCAGCAAGCCUGAAAUGGGGAUGGACAUGGAGCUUUGCGACGAGGCAGGCGGCUACCUUGCGGAGAAGACCAAGUACUUUGAGCAAAACCUCGACAAGACGAUAGUGGACAGCGAGGAUUUCCUGCGCAGAACCGAGGGUGUCGAGCAUCUCACGCGCUGCUUUCAAUUUAUUCUCAGCGGCUAG